AUGGCGACCGCCGCCGCUACGGCGCCUCACCCGACUCCGCCGACGCCGCUCCAGCAGCAACAGCACCAGCAACACAAGGAACAGCAGCAGAAGGCGCUGUCCGUGAACGCAAUCCGCCUGCAGGCGAUCGGCGACCGCCUCAAGGCCCACCUGCGCGGCAUGAACGUCCCUCCAAUGGCCGAGUUCGCCCACCUCAUCUACGCGUUUGCCAGAGGGAUUGACUUCGCGGUCUCAGCUGGUAAUAUUCCUCAGAUGGCCGGUGACAUACCCGACAUUCUGAGAAAGGUAUAUGACCUGAGGAGAGAAAUGUUUAUACAAUCAUCGCUUAUGGUACUAGUGAUAUCUUGCAAGAAUGCUUGUUCCAAUAAUUGGUUUCAACCUGCAGAUUCCAGAGACAUUUUCAGAAUGGCCAAUGAGCUCUCUGGCAACUUCUGCACAUCCACAGGCCAGGCAGCUAGUGACAGCACUGUGCUUGAAAUUAUAUCACAAAUAAUGCCAAGGUAUUACCCUCGGUUGAAGUUUGAGCGCCUAAUCACUUCUAUUGAAGCAAAGGUUGGCUAUGAUAUAUUAAUGGCUGACUUCUUUAUUGAGAGGAACCUAUCUCGAGAUGAAAAGAUUAGACUAAUUGUCGUACACAAGGAAAAUUUAGAUGCCUCGUCAUGUGUUUCAAGCCCACCACAUGUGAGCUUUUUGGUCAAUGGGAGGGGUGUGGACAGGAGGACUAAUGUUUCAAUGGAACCAGGACCCCAGUUCCCUACUGAUAUCACCAAAAUGCUCAAAUAUGGGGCUAACAUUAUCCAAGCUGUUGGAUACUUUAAUGCUAAUUAUAUCAUAGCUGUAGCAUUUGUGAACGAUUUGACAUCCUUCAGUGCUCCAAAACUGGAUGACUAUGCGCAACCUAUCACUGUUUAUCCUGCAGAUUCUGAUGUACUUGAGGGACCAUCAAGAGUUUCCCUAAAUUGUCCUAUAAGUUUUAGGCGCAUAAAAACUCCUAUCAAAGGGCGUCUUUGCAAGCACUAUCAGAUACUAGAAGAGACUGGUGAUGAUGUCACUGGUGUCCUUGUAUUUGCUGAUGGAUCUUGGAAAGCUGAUCCAGCUCAGGAUGAAAAAUCUGAUAGACAUAGAGGUGAUGCCAUUCAGCAGACUGGAGAUUCUAUAGAAACUGAUUCACCUUCUUCAGAUGUCAUAGAUCUGAUAAAUGGCAAUGACGAUGGUGAUUUGCAAAUGGAUUGGGUAUCGGCUCCAGAAGAUACUAAGCCUCUGUUGAAUAGUCAAGAUUUGUCUGUGUCAGACUAUCUUACAGAUCUCCCUAUGGCAGUCCAGACAGAAGAUCUGUAUCGAGGGGAUGGAAAUAAUGGGGGAAGCAACAUGGCUUUCACUUCUCGUCAAAAUUUGUUACUACCACCUACUAGUGGGCUGGGCUCAAGUUCAUUUGGUACCUUGGAAUCUAUUCUACCUCAAAAUGUUCUGCGCUCUGUUAUCACAGAUGCUGUCUCUCCUUCUCUUGAAACCUCUACUUCAACAUCUGGCAUGCAACAUGUUUCACAGGAAACACAUUGUGGAACUGUACAGUUGCCGGCACAAAUAGGUCCAGUACAUGGAUCAGAAGUGAGAAGGCUUCCUAUACCUAGAAAUCCCAGGAGAGAGCCAGUAGGAGUCCAGGCAUUGGCAGUUCCACAACAGAAUCCUGGGUCAUCAACAAGGUUGCAGCCAAAUAUCCUCAAUUGUCCACCUCCUAUCCCGCUAUCUAGUCCAUCUUCUUCCACUUACCAAACACAUCAAGUGACGAAUCCAGACAGUGUCAUUGCUCCAAUGAACAGUGGUAGUGGGCCAUUACCAAGGACUCCUAGUGCUGCUGCGUCAUUGCACCUACAGUCAACAGCACGGGACAUUCGCAACACAUCGAGCCAUCUACCCAGUCGACUUGUUGGUCUGCCUGCGCCACACCUCAUGGGUGCACGACCACCACCAGCAAUUUCAGGACAGGCUGGAGGAGCGAACGCCUACAGACCUAUGCAACAGACUCCGACUCUCGAUCAACUGAGGCACACACGGAUGAACAUGAACCAAACGGCACUGGCUGCCGCAGGCCAAACCACCUCUGCUGCACAUGUCCGACCAACCCAAGCAGACAUCCAAAGCCAUCUCUUUCCCGCGCAGCAAAGCCAGGCACCGAGAUCGCAACCAGUGCCACGGUCAGGAAGUCCUUCGCCUCUACAGCGGGUGCCACCACAUCUGCAACAGCCUAGUGUACCACCCACUGUUCCAAGCACACCUCAGGCUGGAUCUCCACAUGGUCUUCCACCAGAGCUCCCUGUGGAUGAGAGCUGGCGCCCCUCGGGACAGAUGAGAGGGAGUCUGACAGGCAAUGCUUACAGUUCUGCGAUUCGGCACUAUCGGGGCCAGUCUGAGCAGCAGCAGGGCCAGCCUCGGCCUCCCAGCACUUCUGGCGCGCGAAGGCCUCAGUAA